UUAUUUUGUAAUUGUUUCGAAGAUGUCCCAACAACACGUGUAGUGUCAGUCAUAGUGAAGCAGCCAACGGACGGAAUUCCGCCCGAAAUCCUACUACUGUGUUCUCGCCGCAUUCUACACGACUACGACAAUGUCAAAUUGAUAAUGGCGGACGAUUUUGACAUUGAAGCGUUGCUUGAAGCGCCCUAUAACAAAAAAGAGCCGGAAUCGCAGCCAAAAGAAAGUAACGGCACUGAGGAAAAAUCACGUAAAGACAAAGACAAGUCUCGUAAAAGUCGCCAUCGUACUAGAUCUCGGUCGCGCGACAAGUCCCGCAAACACAGUCGGUCCAAAGAUCGCAAACAUCGACGAAAAAGUCGUUCUAAGGACAGACAUCGUAGUCGUUCCAGAGACCGACAUUCGCGCCGACGCACAUCUAAAGAUAAACGGAGUCGUUCACGCUCUCCAGUCAAACUACCCAAAUAUGGACCACCCUUACCUCCUCCACGAUACGGUAGAAAACAAUCACCUUUGGCAUCCAAAGUGCCACCUGCUAGUAUGUUAACUCCUGAAGAAAGAGAUGCUAGGACAGUGUUUUGUAUGCAACUUUCAAAAACAAUCCGAGCUAGAGAUUUAGAAGAAUUUUUUUCAUCUGUUGGCAAAGUCAGGGAUGUUAGAAUGAUCACUUGUAAUAAAACUCGUCGGUUUAAGGGUAUUGCUUACAUAGAAUUUAAAGAUCCUGAAUCAGUUCCACUUGCUAUGGGUCUGAACGGUCAAAAGCUUUUAGGUGUUCCUAUCGUUGUUCAGCCCACUCAGGCAGAAAAAAAUCGUAUGGCUAAUUCAAUGCCAAAUAUGGUACAACGUACACAUUAUGGACCAAUGAAAUUAUAUGUUGGUUCAUUACACUACAACAUCACUGAAGAAAUGUUGAGAGGAAUAUUUGAACCUUUUGGACACGUUGAUAACAUACAAUUAAUGAUGGACACAGAAACAGGCCGAUCCAAAGGUUAUGGAUUUUUAACGUAUCGUAAUGCAGAAGAUGCUAAAAAAGCCCUUGAACAUUUGAAUGGAUUUGAAAUAGCUGGUCGGCCUAUGAAAGUUGGUCAUGUGACUGAAAAUCAUUCUAUGUAUGAUAAAACUGCUUUUGAAGUUGACGAGUUGGACAGAGCAGGUUAUGAUUUGGGAGCUACAGGGAGACUGCAACUGAUGUACAAAUUAGCAGAAGGUACUGGAUUCCCAAUUCCACAAGCUGCUGCCAAUGCACUUCAAGUUGCGACUGGAGUAACACCAGCAGCUCCAGCUACACCAGCUGUUCAGGUGACUCCUCCAAUCGCAACUCAAUGCUUUUUGUUAGCCAACAUGUUUGAUCCAAACAAAGAAGACGUAGAUAGUAAUACAACUUGGGAAACUGAAAUUAGAGAUGAUGUUAUCGAGGAAUGUAACAAACAUGGUGGUGUUUUGCAUGUGUAUGUGGAUAAAGCAUCUCCACAGGGCAAUGUUUAUGUCAAAUGUACAACAAUUGAAACUGCGCUUGCAUCUGUAGCAGCUUUACAUGGGCGAUGGUUUGGUGGACGUGUAAUCACUGCAGCAUAUGUGCCCGUAACAAACUAUCACAAUUUGUUUCCUGAAGCAUCUUCACUUACAAAAUUGUUGGUAUCAUCUAGAAGUAAAAAUUAAUGAGUUAUAUGUAUACAAUUUAUUGAUUUUAUUUUUUUAAACUUUUAAUUGACAAAUAAUGAUAUAAAAUGUUUACAUUAUUCUAUAUAAAGUAAAAACUAUACCUACCUUAAUCAUAUUUUUUAGUUAACCUUUUUUGUUAGGUAAUUAAUAUGUUUAAUAUGGUUAUAUUAUAAAAAUUGUGAUCGAAUUAAGUUGUAGAAGUUAACAUCUUCUAUUUCACUUUUAUGCAAAUCAUUUUUCCAUGUGAACUGAUGUGAAUAGUUUUAGGACAUAUUAUAUGUUUGGAGUAAUUUUUUGAAAUAUAAAUAGUUAGGUUACUGUUUGAAUUUUUAUUAUUUUUUCAUCUAUUGGUCUUAUCAGAAUUUAAUUCCUUUUUUUUGUUGGAAUUAUUAUGUUUAAAAAGAAAUUGGUGUAAUAAUAAAUAUCAAAUGGUCAUUUAUUUGUUUGUAAUGUAUUAUUGUACAACUUUAUAAAGACUAGUUGUUAUUGUAUUCUGUUCAUCCUGGUUAACUGUUUACCUUUUAUGAUUCAUUAAAAUAUCCAUAAAGCUGAUUUAGAUAAAAUGCAUUUAGUGUAUUUAUGUUUUAGAUGAACCAUUAUAAAGAACACUCCUUACCAUCAUGAAAUAAAAUGUUACUGGUUCUCAAUAAUUAUAUAACCCCCCCUAUAUCAUACUAAUAUUUAUUCAAGCGAAUAAUAUUAACUUGACAUUCAAUUAAAACUAAAUUAUUAUUUAUCGAUUAUAUUAUAUUGAGUAACUAACGAUUAUCUAUACUCAAUCAAGCCAGAGAAAGCGCUGAAUCUGCGCAACCUCCUGCGUUACUCUGCUAUAAAAACCGGUUCGCCUAUGGCAGGGUAUCACUUGAGAAGCUCAAAAAAAACUGAUUUAGGUCUGUCUGCGGUGCAUUCUCUUGAUGGACUGAGUAUAGUGGAUUUAAUAGUUAACAAUAUUUUAAAUUGUAUAUUUGCCCUUUUUAGUUAAAAAAUAAAAAUUAAUUAAUCAUUUAACUCAUGUAAAUAAAUAUACUUAUCUUAUCGUAUACUUUAUAGUUAAACAUAAUAGUAGCUUAUCUAUACAUAAUGUAGUAUUAGUAAAACAAUAAUUAAAUAUCUAUUUAAAUUUUGAAUAUAUCUAAAUCAAUAUAAUAAUUACUAUUUGCUAAAUUAAUUUGCAAUGGUUACCAUUACGUUAUCUACAACACCUGCGAGUUGUAUUAGUUAUAAAAUAUUCUUUUUUAUAAACAAAAACGUGUAUUAAUAAUUCAUUUCACUUUUUCUUUUUUUUUUAAUUGGCUAUUUUUAUGUCUAAUUUUAAUCUUAUAUUUAUAUAUAUUUUUUUUUUGUAAUUUUUCAAUUAAAUAUUUGUAUAAUGUAUAACAAUAAAGCUCUCAUUUUUUCCUCACUUAUUUAUUACACUGUAUGUAACUUAAUUUAAAUACUGUUCUAUAUUGGUAUAAAUGUAUAUACUUUUUAAUACUGUUUUUGAAGUUAUAAAGAUCCUGUAUACAUUUAAUCCAUCUGAUACAUAGACAGAAUUUAAAAAUAUGCAUUUAGACCUGUGUUAUUACAUAGUUUUAUCUUAUAUAAAUUGACUUAAAUUAAAAUACAUAGGUACAUUAUAAUAUUAUAUUAUUAUAUGCUUGGAGGUAUUCGUAAAUAAGCUUAAAAGUUAUAGAUCAAUCACUUAUUUUAGUAUUUAGUUUUUUAAUACUCUUAUUAUUUAUUUCAAACACUGUAAAUGGGAAAUUAUACUUGUACAUUUAAUCAAAACAACCUUAAAUAUUUUCUUAUAUAAAAUUAUUUUUGAACAAUAUAUUUAAUAUAUAUUACUAAAUAUUUUAUUAAUAGUACCCUACUCUUUAGUUAUUAAAGAACCUGUAUUCCAUAUUAUUGAAUUUGUAUAUUUAAAAAUAAUUGAUCUAAGUAUAAGUUUAUUUUUCUGUUUAUGAAAUAAAUAAUAUGAAUGUUACUAAUAUCAAUAUUUUCAUACUGGAUUGCAGUAAUGUGUAGUGUUCUAACAUAGUAUAAUAAAUAGAUAUUAAUUUAUGUUUUUAUAUUUUAAGUAUUCUUUAAAGAAUGUAUUUGUUUAAAAAAAAUAUAAAAAUGUAAUGAAUGACGGUCAUUGGAAUUUAUAUUACUUAAAAAAAUUGAAAUAAAAUUUUAAUUGAAUUAUCUGCA